AUGGACGAGAGCGAGUUCUUACGACUGCUCGAGCGCUACCCACAAGUGCGCAAGAAGACGCAUUGCCGUGUGCAAUGGAACGAUAUGUACGCUCAGGAGUCUGGGUCAAAGGAGUCAGUGCAGGGAUCGGGGACGUUCAUGCUGCCAGGUCAAGAUCGUGUUAUCAAGGACACAGACUCGGUGGAAGACGCGCUGGAGAAGUUCCUGGCGCCGUGUUUCUCGUCCCAAGAGGUGGCAAAGAUCCAGCACGAGCUGGAAAAGACUUUGGGAGCUUUUGUAGCGAGUUUGUGUCUCGAAGACGUGAACGAUCUGUGCGCGCAGUUUGUUACGACCAAGUGA